UGUGGUAGGUUUCUUAUCACUGCACUGCAAAUACUGGUAAGAGCAUGCGUGUCUCGGCACGUCCAACCACGUUAGUACAUAGCAUGUUGCCAUUGAAGGUUUUGACUGUGUUCUACGUGUUGAUGAAUUGUGCAGUUGUGGUGGCUAGUAAACUGCAAGAUUCGACAUGUACACAACUUGAUUCCUGCUCCUGUACGUUUGGAAAUGGGACACUCCUAGAUUUAUCUCCCCUGGCAUUCAAAUCCCGUCCAAGAUUCGUUCUAGAUGGUAUACAGUUUCAGUAUUUGUACAACCCGUGCUACAACUUUACUUUUGGAGAAUGUGAAAAUGUUUCGAUGUGUCAAUACCAGAACGUUGCAGGCAAUUACUUCGUACUGGGCACACAGGACUCAGCUUAUUUCGUUACAGAUACAGAUGAUGACCACAUAGUCUUUCUGUUAUAUAGCCACACAGACUCCUAUGGAUUUACAAGACAUACAACAGUACAGUUGGUGUGUUCCAAUCAAACUACUGAUGACUUUAUAUUCUUAGGAGAACAUACUUUAAGAACAUAUGUUUUCAUGUUGGUUAGCCCCCACUGUUGUGCCAAGUGAGGAAUUAAGUUCCAGUUUUCCAGAUAAACUAAUAAUGUAUGCUGCAUGUAUCAGUUAUUAGAGUGUAGUUACAUUAUGACAUAAUUGAUUGAUGUUGAUGAUAUGAAGGAAUACAGGAAAUAGAAGUUAACAAAAUAAAAAGUAAAACAUUA